GAUGCUUCGCGGCUGCCGUAGCCGACGCUCAGUCAUCAAUCAUGGCGUUUUGAAAACUUUCGACGCUCCGAAAGUUCCUCAACUGAAAUGUUCUUCACUAACUGGCAGCAGGUCCCACUCUUUUUACAAGUCUUCCUAUCCAAUAACUCCGCGGAUAUCCACAUCGGGACGAAAAAUGCCACUCUCGUAACUUACAGGCGAUCGUUGUUCUGCGCGCUAGCGUCGACCGGCUCAAGAUGCUAACUUGAAGUAGGCUAGCCACUUUUGCCAAGUUAGCAACGAAGCUAAGCCUUGGUUAUCUCUCGACGUCAAUGUCCCCAAUGUAGAGCCGACGCCGUCUUGAAACAUCGGCGUGUCUGUUUUCGGCGUGUCUGUAGUCCGUUGCGGCUUCGAAUGGCGCGUUUUCUACGGUACUGCGUCAGCCACUGCUUGCAAGCGGCAAUGACCCGACUUGAAGGUGCACACGGGGAAGGGAGCGUGUGGUCGUCGGUCCGCUGCCUGGGCUACAUGUCCGGCCUCAACCUGCUGGUGGCGCUGUGCCUGGGCCUCUUCGUCCGCUGGGAGGAGAUGGCUGAGUCCACGCUGCUGGUCAUCAUCAUCUUGGCUUUGCUCGUCCUGGCGCUGGCCGGCGUGUUGUACUGCUACUUGGGCACGGAGCGGCUCAGCCUCAGCCUCCUUUAUCUUUGGUUCGGCUUCCUUCUGGGUCUUCUGUGCUUCGUCAACAGCCCUGAGCUGGAGGGCAACGUCAAGGAGCAGGUCGCCAACGGUCUGCUGCUGUCCAGCGUGUCCCUGAGGACUCUGUGGGCGCUGCUGGAGAGGAUGCUGGGCUACUCGAGACACCGGCCCACCUUCGUCACCUCGGCCGAACGGCUUCUGCUGACGGGUUUCGCCGCCGCCAGCACGGUGCUGCUCCUCCCCAAAGCCCUGAGCGUCACGGUGCUGGCCGGCGCCCUCUGCGCCGUCACGGUGGCCCUCAGGAUGAAAGCGGUGCUGGCGCUGACCAACCUGGCGUGCUUCGUUGCCAUCGGCGUGGACUUCUUCCUCAAAAGCCUUCAAGUCCGAACCAACCCGUACGCCCUGGGCUGCUUCUUCGGCCUGCUGGUUUGCGACCCGCUGCUCGACACCUACUUCAGCGGCCUUUCCGUGACCGAGCGCUGGCAGCCUUUCCUUUCCCGAAGGGGCCUGUGGCGGCGCCUCACCCUGCUCCCCCUGCUGCUUCUGGAGGUGACCUUCCUCGUUCUGUCGGCGCAGGUGCUCGGUCGCUUGGACCGCUGGUACCUGACCAUCCCGGCGUUCGCGGCCUGCGCACUCUUCUGGGCCAUCUGCCACUUGGUGUUCUUCAUCAGCCUGUGGGGCUUUCACAGCAAGCUCAGCGACUGCCAGAGGGUUUGCCUGAGCCAGGGUUGUGGGGCCAGCCGGUUGGAUAAGAUCAUGGCGUCCAAGGGAAUGAGACACUUUUGCCUCAUCUCCGAGCGCCUGCUGCGUUUCACGCUGGUGUCCACCAUCGCCGUUGCCGCUUUGUCCUGGCAGGCGUCCAGCAGCAUCUUCUUGAGCACCUUCUUGCUGGUUCUCCCCCUGGAAUCCGUCUUCCACGGUCUGUUCCACGAGCUGGGCAGUAGCCUGGGAGGAACGUGUGUGGGCUACGCCGUGGUCAUCCCCACAAACUACUGCAGUCCCGACGGGCAGCCCGUCCUGCUGCCCCCCGACCAGGUGCAGCAGCUCAACCUGCGCUCCACGGCCAUGCUGAGCAACAUCCAGCGCUUCUUGGCCCAGCACCUCAUCGAGACGUUCGGCUGCGACUACUCCACCGGCGGCGUCACGCUGGAGGCGCUGCAGGCCAAGCUCAAGUCCUUCAUGGAGCUGCGCACGGCCGACGGGCCGCGCCACGACACCUACGUGCUCUUCUACAGCGGCCACACGCAUCGCACCGGCGAGUGGGCGCUGGCAGGGGGAGACACGCUCGGUCUGGAUCAGCUGUUGGACUGGUGGCGGGAGAAGAACGGCGCCUUCCGCUCCCGACUCAUCCUGGUGCUGGACUGCGACCACUCGUUGCCCACGGUGAAGGCGGCGCGGCAGGUGGAGGGCGUCCACGUGGCGGUGCAGGCCGCGACCUCGCCGCGGCCCGCCGAGCAGCAACGGGGCGAUUUCCUUUCGCACUGGGUGGCCUACAAUUGCGACGGGGACGGCGGCCUCCCGUGGUCGCGGCGGGGCGGGGCGCCGGCGGCCGUCUACGGCGUGUCGCGCCGCUGGAGCGACUACACGUUGCACCUGCCCACCGGCAGUGACCUCACCGACCACUGGAGGGCAUACUUCCCGCGCGUCACCUACCCGGUGGUCCGCUUGGCGCUGUGGUGCGGCGGCCUCAGCUUGCUGUGGCCCUGCGGCGCCUGCCUCAGGUGCCUCAAGAGGGUCAAACUCAACUGGUUUCCUCCCGCUGUUCUCGACACCGGACAUGGUUUCAAACUGGUCCGAGCUUAGGUGGGGAAAAUUGCUCGCAGCCAUUUUGUGACGCCCGGCAGCUCCUUUUUCUUCUUCCCAACCAGCAGCCAUUUUGUUACUGACCCCAAAAUAUAACUGUGCUGCGUUGAAAUGUUUUUUUUUUUUUUCCAUGCCGCUUAUCCUCAUUCACAUCCCGGGUGAGUUGAAGCCUAUCAUAGAUGACUUUGGGUGAGCGACAGGAUGCACCGAUACAGCGUCCUGAUACCGCUCGUACUUUUGAUAGUCCAAAAUUCCAACUACCAAUUGACAAAAAAAAAAAAAA